GAAUACAACAAUGGUUGAUGAAGGUGGAAACAACACUGUAAGAGUGGCCAAUUUCCUCAAGCCAUGUGCAAAGAACACCGGCGAAGCCACAAGAUUCCCAACGGUUUCUUCGCCGCCGCGUAACGGCGAAGAGGUGCAUCCAGCUGUUCAGUUCAAAGGGUGGAAAAAUCCUCAGAGGAAAUGGAACGAUUGGAUUGAAAUUAUGGCGGGAAAAUACGGAUUCAUGUGGAACCAAACAGGUAUAUGCGAUGCUAUUUUGAGUUCUAUGUAUAAGAUUCAAUGUAAUCAAAGUUUGAUUCUUGGAAUUGUUGAGUAUUGGUGUAUAGAGACAAAUACUUUUGUUUUUCCAUGGGGUGAAGCCACAAUCACCCUAGAAGAUGUUAUGGUUCUUGGUGGAUUUUCGGUCCUUGGCGAGCCGGUGAAUCUUCCUCUCACCGGGGAUAUGGUUGCGAUGGAAGCCGAGAUGUUACGGCUUUCGAGGGAAAUGGAUGGUGGAAAAUCAAGGAGAGACCAAAGGACAUGGAUGAAGUUUUUUAUGGAGGAGGGGCAAAGUCAUGAUCUUGAGCAUGUAGGUUUUCUCUCCCUGUGGUUGUCAAGAUUCGUGUUUCCCUCGCUUCCCUACGAGGUAAUUGCGACGCGUGUCUUUCCAAUUGCGAUUCGCCUGGCUCGUGGGACAAAAUUGGCUCUGGCCCCUGCUGUUCUAGCUGGUAUCUAUGAGAGUUUGAGGUUGCUUAAGCAACAAGUAACCUCUUCUUUGGGUGAAUCCGUGAAGGCUCUAGGCCUAUUCCAACUUGUGCAGCUAUGGGCUAAUGAAAGGUUUUCGAUUUUCGGAUCAAAUUGUCCCAUAGAACUAAAGCCAGGGGAGCCUAGAGCUGCAAGGUGGCAUGGAGUGAUAUCGAAUGCUAAUGGCUGCCCAAUUUCGUCAGCUUUGAAAUUUGCAAGGAGUUUCCAAUGGCGUCCUUAUGCUGCUGAUUUGAAAAAUUGGUGUUUUGUGUCCCCUUACAAGGACAAUGAGCAAUUUGUUCAUGUUGCUUCAAACUCGAACGACGAGUUAAAGUCCUUUGGGCAGUGUUUGUUUGCAAAUGAGCUUGUUGGUUUGGGAGGUUGCAUUGAGAAGUAUAUGCCGUACCGGGUUGCAAUGCAAUUCGGCUUCGAUCAACAUCUUCCUGGGGAUUUUGCUGUUAUGAACUCAAAUUGCAGGGAAAAUUUUAUGUUUUAUGUUCCUUCAAGAGCUUACAAGCCUUGUGUGUCAUUGGAGUACCUCAACUGGUGGCGAGCAUCAAAGGUGAAUCAAGAGAAACAAGAGGGUGAGAUCAAUGGAAUGAGGUUGAACUUGAAGGAUGAUGAACCUUCUCAGAUAGAUCGUAUAAAAAAUGUGGUUGGAGAUUUUGCAGGAUUGCUUAGUGAUGAAAAAGGGAGAGUAAAACUUGCUAAAGGAACUUUAUGCAACCCUUUGGAUGUUGAAGCCUAUGCAUGCAGUAUUGUAGGCACUUUGUCUCACCCUAUUGAUGUUGAUAAGUAUUGGUGUAUAUAUGAAAGGAACCGGAUGGUAAGUCAAGUCGGCAUCGUGUGUUUCUAUUUUUCUGAACAUAAAUAA